AUGGUGAUGAUGGUGAUGGAGGUCAUGGUAAUAGAGAUGGUGAUGGUGGUGGUGGUGGUGGUGGUGAUGGUGAUGGAGAUCAUGGUGAUGGAGGUCAUGGUGGUGGUGAUGGAGGUCAUGGUGGUGGAGGUCAUGGUGGUGGAGGUGGUGGUGGUGGUGGAGGUCAUGGUCGUGAUGGCCAUGGUGCUGAUGUGCGACAGCGAGAGCGACGGGGACGACAAGGCAUCUGUGGGCUCCGGGCAGCUCUUUGCCCCAGCAGCUGAUAAAGGCCCCACGCUGGGCGACAAGUCUGAGACCAAGGCCGGGGGGGCACCCAAGAUCUCGGGCCUGGAGCGCAGCCGGGAGCUGAGCACCGAGCCGCCCUUCCUGCCCGCCGUGCACGGCCCCGCGCCCGGCGCCCCUGCCAGCCCGCUGAUCAAGAAGGAAGUGCUCGCCCUGCCCCGCCUCACCCCGCAGCCACUGCCCGCGCCCCCGCAGCCCCGGGCCCCGCUCCCGACACACGUGCCUCUGCCCCUGGGCGCCUUCCACGGCCACUGCCCGGGCCACAGCCCGGCGCUCGGCAGCCUGCACAGCCUCAGCAGGAGCAGCAGCGCCAGCCUCGCGCUGGGGAAGCACGCGUCCCUGUCGCCGCACGGGCCGGGCGCCCCGCUCUCUACCUCACACUUGGCGCUCCGCUCGCAGGCCCAGCACCAGCACCCCGCGGCCAUGUUCGCCGCCCCCGCGACUCUGCCCCCGCCCCCGGCGCUGCCGGCCAACAGCCUGGUCCUCCCCGGACACCCCGCCGAUCACGAGCUGCUCAGGCAAGAGCUGAACGCGCGUUUUCUGGUGCAGAGCGCCGAGCGGCCUGGCGCCCCGCUGGGCCUGGGGGCUCUGCUGCGGGCGGAGCUCCACCAGCACCAACACACACACCAGCACACACACCAGCACCAGCACACAUUCGCCCCCUUCCCCGCGGGGCUGCCCCCGCCGCCGUUUGACAAGUACACGCCCAAGCUGGACAGCCCUUACCUGCGACAUUCCAACUUCUUCUCGUCCUGCCCUCCCGCCCUCCCGGGUCUGCCCGCCCUGCUCCCGCACCCAGGCCCCUUUGGGUCUCUGCAGGGUGCUUUUCAGCCCAAGACUUCAAACCCAAUCGAGGUGGCAGGCCGGGCCAGCGCGGUGCACGCCCUGCUCCAGAAGGGCGCCGGGGCGGCCGACCCGUACCGGACCGCGGUCAGGACGCCGGGGAAGUGGUGCGCGGUGCACGUGCGGAUCGCCUGGCAGACCUACCGCCACCAGCAGAGGGCGAAGCAGGUGCAGCCGGACCCCCACAAGCUGGAGGUGGGUGCCAAGCGGGACUUGUUCAGCCGGUCCCCUGCCCCAGGUCUGCUCACAGGAUGCCACCACCCGCAGGACCUGGCCCAGCCCCUCUUCCCCAGCUCGGGUGCUGCCCAUCCCACCACCAACCACUUCGCACCCUCAGCCCAUCCCAGCGGUUUCCUGCCCACUGGUCACCUGACAGACCCUUUCAGCAGAACGAGCACCUUCGGGGGCCUGGGGGGCCUGGGGAGCCUGGGCAGCACCGCCUUCGGGGGCCUGGGCAGCCAUGUGCUGACUGCAGGCGGCAGCAUCUUUGCCCCCAAGGAGGGCUCCACAUUGCACGGGUUGCCCAGCCCACAUGAGGCCUGGAACCGGCUGCACCGGGCACCACCAUCCUUCCCCACGCCACCCCCCUGGCCCAAGCCUGUGGACGCAGAGCGGGUCUCAGCCCUGACCAACCACGACCGAGAGCUGGACAAGGGCCGGGAAGAGCAGGAGCGGGACCUGGAGAAGCCGCGCCUGCUGAGCCGGGCCUCGCCCGCGGCCCCUGGCAGCAGCCUCCCGCCCCGCGUCAAGGAGAGCCGCUCCCCGGCCAAGGAGGACGGCGCCAAGCCGGCCGCGCGCCCGCCGUCCCCCUGCAGCAAGGCGGCCCUGGGCGACAGCCUGCGCCUGGCCGGCCUCCUGAGCCGCGACCCGGGGACGCAGCCCGAGGCCGACGUGAAGGUCAAGGAGGAGCGCGGGGAGGACGACGACGCCCCCGAGCCCGCGGGGGACGGGCUGCACCGCGCGCCCCCUGCGUCCCUGCAGCUCGGCCUGGGCCCCGCGGGCCUCGAGCGUCUGCGCUUCGCGUGGGAGCCGCUGCGCGACGCCCACCGCGGCCUGGAGCUGCCCCGCCGCGCCCCUCCCGCCGCCCCCGGCCCCGCUGCCCUCGAGCCCCCCGAGCGCCCCUACCGCGACCGCGAGCCGCACGACUACAGCCCCGAGCGCCUGCGGGGGCCGCGCCGGGAGGAGCUGGAGCGCGCGCGGGCCGGGCACCUGGGCUCCCCGCCCGCCCCCGCCCCGGACGGCGCGCCCCCGCCCGCGCCCGCCCUGCACUGCCCGCGCCUCGGGCCCGCGGCCGCGCUGCACAGCGGACUCCUGGUGCGGGCGCCGCCCGCCGCGCUCGGCGCGCCCCCCCUGGUGGUCGCGGGCGGGCCCCCCGCGUCCCCCGGGCCGCCGCCCAGGAGCAGGACUACACCCCUCGAGGCGCCCGACUACUCCCCGUCGCGAAACCCGCAGGAGGUGGAGGCGCGGUAG